AUGUAUAAAGAUGUGAACUGCAAAGGCAAGCUGCAGAGACGCUCAGAAAUGAAAGUCAUGCUUGUUGUUUUCUGGAUUACCAUUACCGCUGUCUCCAUUGGACUGGCAGGUGUCUCUGGUGACAAAAUCAUUGAUGGGACUGAAGCCAGACCACACAGCCGACCUUACAUGGCAUACUUGGACAUAAAAUCACUUUUUAAAAGAUACGCAUGUGGAGGGUUUCUCAUUCACCGAAACUUUGUUUUGACUGCAGGCCACUGCAAGGGUCGGAGUAUCAACGUUAUUCUAGGAGUUCAUAAUUUAACAAAACCAGAACCAUCCGUGCAGGUGAUAAAAGUAAAGAAUAUGAUUCGUCAUGAAAGAUAUAACAAAAAAAAAUUAGAAAAUGACAUCAUGCUUCUGAAGCUGGAGAAAAGUGCCACUCUUACAAAUGACGUGACUAUCAUUAACAUUCCAAACAGCACUCAGAAUUUCAGGAAUGGCACCUUAUGUUCUGUGGCAGGAUGGGGGAAAACUGCUAGCAGUGGAUAUGGCAGCAAUACCCUGAGAGAGGUGGAUGUCACAGUCCAGGAACCCUGUAAAGAUCCUAAAAUGAUCUGUGCAAGGGGCACCGGCCAAAAGGGUAUUUGUAAUGGAGACUCAGGAGGUCCACUGAUUUGUCCGGACAACAACAACAGUCCUCUAGCUGUGGGGAUUGUGUCUUAUAGUGAUACAAAAUGCUGUGAAGAAAAUAAUCGGAACGAUGUGUACACAAUGGUGUCCGCAUACAGGAGCUGGCUCGAUAACAAAAUGAGCCAAUACCCUCUUGUUUGA